AAGCAGCUGGCGGGUGAUUUCAAAUCAGUUUGGGCAAAACCAGGGCUGUCGGGUCAGUGCUGAGGCGGCAAGGGUUAUUUUAUUGUGAUUGUGUUUUAUCCAGAAAUAACAUUUAGACAAUGGACUGCUUGAAUGUACCCAGGAUUUUGCCAAAUUCUCCAAGAAAAACGCGAGGUCAGAUUCAGGUUAUUUUUGGACCAAUGUUCUCAGGGAAAAGUACUGAGCUGAUGAGGAGAGUCCGACGCUUUCAGAUUGCCCAGUACAACUGCUUAGUCAUCAAAUAUGCCAAAGACACACGUUACUCCGACUCGGGCAUGGCCACACAUGACAAAAAUACAAUGGAAGCUGUGCCAGCUAACUGUUUGAGAGAUAUCUGGUCUCGUGCUCUACAGGCCUGCGUCAUCGGCAUUGAUGAAGGCCAGUUUUUCCCAGACACUGUCGAAUUCUGUGAAGCCAUGGCGAACAUGGGAAAAACCAUUAUUGUCGCAGCACUUGAUGGCACAUUUCAGAGGAAGCCCUUUGGCAACAUACUGAACCUGAUCCCUUUGGCUGAGAGUGUCGUGAAGCUGAACGCAGUCUGUAUGCAGUGCUUUAAAGAGGCGUCCUACACAAAGAGACUUGGAGCGGAGCAAGAGGUGGAGGUGAUUGGAGGAGCUGAUAAAUACCAAGCAGUGUGCAGGGCAUGUUAUGGAGGUUUGAUGGAGAAUAAAGAGAACUGCGCCCCCCAGAGGGAUGAGACACCCCCUCAUGUUCUGAAGGGGAAGCAAGUGGACUGUAGUAGUACAUCACGCAAGCUUUUCUCUUCUCUUCACUUAUGAACACUUACUGUACCAUAAAGCAUUAUUUAAUUUAAAAAGAAAACCAGUUGCUGCAACAGCCACCCUACCUGACGUUUGAGCAGUGAGCGCUUAAUUUAUAACACCAAAAUAUAGUGCUCAAAGUGCUAUAGAAAUUUUUACAUACUUGUCUUUGUCACUUUUAUGUUGUGUGUGUGUGCGAGAGAGAGAGAUUAAAAUGUCAGUUUUU